AUGCAUAAAAAAAAGAAGAAAAGCAGCAACAAGCACCCCUGGGUAGACGUGGGUUGCCUCGAGACAGGCGCAGCAGCAGCAGCUUCCUGCGCCUCAGCUGCAGCUGCAGCAGCAGCAGCAGCAGCAGCGGGAGCAGCAGCUGCAGCAGCACCACCACCACCGCCCAAGCGCAUAAGGAUUCACCUUUCUAAGCAAAGGAAGAAGACAACUCCUCCGUUGCUGAUGGAGACGCCAGACACGGCGCAGCUCGUCCAGGGGGGCGACUGGCCCCCCGAGCAGGAGCAGCAGCAGCAGCAGCAGCAGCAGCAGCAGCGGCAGGAGCAGCAGCAGCAGCGGCAGCAGCAGCAGCAGCAGCAGCAGCGGCAGCGGCAGCGGCAGCAACAGCAGCAAAUGCAGCUGCUGCAGCUUAUACUGUCACAGGAGGAGGACGAUAAGCUUGAUGCGCAACAGCGGCGACAACUGGUGAUGCUGCUGCUGCAGCACGCUCGCCUGCAGCAGCAGCAGCAGGCGGUAGAGGAGACAGCGGUGGCAGAGGCCCCGCAACAGCAGCAGCAACUGCAACAACAGCAGCAGCAGCAGCAGCAGCAGCUGCAGGCUGAGGAUUUUCCUCCUCUUAGUGAAGCCUCAGAAAGGCUCACGCAGCAGCUCGUGCGUACAGCAGCAGCAGGAGCUGCUGCUGCUGCAGCAGUUGCUGCAGGCUGA